AUGUUAGGCUUUUUGCUUUUCUGUGUCUUCUUUACUACGGGCGUCUCUCCGUCCCAAGGUGAGACUGUCUACCUGACCACCCUGGGUGGACUAGCGUUCCACAAGGUUCGUGUGUCGGGCGAGAUGACCAACUUCAACGUCAAGGCCACGUGCGAGGGGCUUGGCAUGGGGUACCCGUGUUUCUUCAGGGGUGGCGACGGCUGUUCCAACAGCCGGCAUUACUCCCCCGACUGCGUCGCGUUCGAUACUGUCAGUUCCAACUGUUACACCUUCAGCGUCAUCGCUUACGAGGUUGGUGUGAACAGGUGUGCCCAGGUGCGGACUCGUGGAACUGCCCGGAGCUGGAUGACGUGUUCCUGUACCUGUAACGCUGUGACGUUAUAUCUUCAGGUGUGCCCAGGUGCGGGAUCGUGGAACUGCCCGGAGCUGGAUGACGUGUUCCUGUACCGUCGCCACUGGAGAUCCGGGGACGGUGCGUACGGGAUUGACCACCAGACUAGUGACAUAGUGUCGGGGGAGGGGCAGUUCGACCUCUGGGCUCUGUGUACAGAUGUGGACGAGUGUACGAGCAGUCCGUGUUUGGGAGGAGGAACCUGCGUGGACCAGAUCGGCAGCUACAAAUGUAACUGUCCCAAAGGCACCGCCGGAGACAGGUGUGAGGCAGUUGUUGACGGCGGCAGCUGUUACAAGUUCGCCGCCACCCCCGCCUCGCACGUCUCUGCGGAGAAGGCGUGCCGGGCCGAGGGAGGGCACCUGGCGGUCGUGAGGGAUGCCGGGAAACAGCGGUUCCUUAGCAACCAUAUCCCGGCAGGCAACAGUGACUCCCACUGGAUCGGGACAAAGGUCACUUCCGACAAACUCAUCUUCAGCGACCAGCCCAGCGUCUUCGAUGAAGUAGCAGGUCUGGACUGGGCAGAAGAUUCUCCCGGCAUGCCUUGCGCGCUGUGUGUUCUGAUGGACAGUGGCGACAGCCACAGGGCUAAAACAACCUCGUGCAUGGAACAGCACAGCUACAUUUGUCAGUCUGAAACCACCCCUUGUGACCACAACGUCUGCAUGAAUGGCGGGAACUGUUCCGCGUGUUUCGGGGGGACCGACACCGUCUGCGCAUGCCCGGCCGGCUUCGACGGCACGUUCUGCGAGAAUCCCGUAGCCUUGCAGUGGUGCUCAGUGGCGUCCUGUCCGCAGGGCUGGACCUGUGACGAUCAGCUGACUCAUUUCCUCUGCAUCGAGCCCGGAACAAGGACCGGCUCAGCUUACCAGUGCAGCAGCGCCUCCUGUCCAAGCGACAUGUACUGCAAGGAAGAAGGCCGGGCGUCUUUCUCCUGCUGGUCCCGCUAGGGGUCAGAGGUCAUACACAACCAUUCAACCACGAAUGAGUCAUAAGAAGAUAUGGCGUAAACAAGUUUGCCGAUCUGCCAGAAAUCUGGUCGUGGUGCGCAUGCAUAUGCCCCAUACAGCGCAGCACGACUACAACGGUGCCUGACAAUUCGCCCCAUUUCUUACUAACAUUACACUAUCUCAACUAAAAUAUAUUCAGCACAAAAUGUACGGCAAUUUUGCUUUAUAGCUCAUUUAAGACAAAUUCAACUGUUUGGGAGUUGUUGUAAAGGCACCACCCUCCAUAGCUCAGAUGUAAUCAGCGAGUGAAUGCUUAGCAAACAUGCAAAGCACAUAACGUUAAAAGAACCCUCGGGUGGAUAUUUUAGAUGAUAGCUAGCUAGCACCUGCUACCUGAUAGUGCAUGAUGUUGUUCCUUAAUUUGUGCACUUUUUUGUUAAAAUCCUAUGAGUAUGAUUGAAUAUUCUGUCAUUUUGAUUUUGCUGAAUAAAGGCUCAAACCAGGAAUCUCAUUAAAUCUAAUACAAUCUAAUCAAGUACAGGUACUGUGCAUAUGUUCCGUACUCUUUGCUGUUGUUUUUAUUCAAAAGAUAAAAACUAAACGAAGCAAAUGGUUGGCAGACAAUUUAUACCACCCAUGGUUAUGCAACUUUUUGUUUAUUCUUUUUGUCAAUCUAUUAACAGCAAAACAAUUAACCAAACAAACAAACAAAAAACAAAGAUAAAGUACAAGCUUACAAAGUGACGGCAU